GGGUCUGUUUGGCGAAUAUGCAGAGUGGCGGAUUAAAAAUUGCUGACAUUUUCGUACAUAAAGAGCAGUUCUCUGAGUAGAUUCCUUGUCCGACAAGAGCUCGCGCCUGUAGAUUGUCUUUUGGUUCGGUGCCUCUGAUUAUCUUGAACGAAAAUGGGCCGUAAGAAGAAGGGAGGUGAGGGAGGCAAGCGCGCCACCACCAAUGUCGGCGCCGUCUUUGAGCAAUCUCAGGUGCAAGAGUUCAAGGAGGCAUUCCUUCUUCUGGACCAGAACAGAGAUGGCUUCUGCGACAAGGAAGACAUGAAGGACACCUUCGCUUCCCUGGGUAAGCCCCCAGAUGAGGAGAAGGUGAACAGGAUGAUAGGAGAGGCAUCAGAACCGAUCAGCUUCACCGUCUUCCUGGCCCUUUUCGGAUCCAAGAUGUCCGGCUCUGACCCCGAGAGUGCCCUCCAGGGUGCCUUCAAGCAGUUCGACCCCAGGAACAAGGGAUUCCUACCAAAGGCCCUAGUCAAAGAAGUCUUCUGUGAGAAGGGUGACAAGUUCAAGGAGGAAGAGUGGAAUCAGCUGCUGGCCGGUGCCGGACACGUUGUCGAUAAGAAGGGCCGUUUCCACUACCCAGCCUUCUGCCGCUUCCUGAAGGGUGGCGAGGAAGAGGACGUCGACGAGUAAUAGAUCAGAUAAAUGGAUAAUGAGAGUUUGCUCCACAUGAUCCGACAGAAUUUGUCUCUUGUACAUCAUCUCUCCUCCACGUUGGUCGGCGCAUUGUCAGCUAUAUGAAAAGGUUACCACCUGUUACAGGUACAAAUUUCGUCGCUCAUGUGGGUCAAAACUAUGACAGGGUACGGGGGUAUAGUUUGAACAACCUAUUUGCCAUUUGUUAUUUCUGAUAACUAGAAGUGGGUACACGACAGCCAGGAAUAGCAUUUCGUCUUCAAGCUGGACUCGGCUUGUCAUGUCCCCACAUUGGUUAUGGAAUAGUGAUUGCAAUGUCAUUUUUUCAUGGACAGACACGUGGAAUAAACACUAGCCUGCCCACCCGA